ACCAGCAACCAGCGUUGUUAGUCUCGCACCGAUCGAUCCGGAGAUCAGCGGAAGGGGUAAACACGUGUGCGAAAUCAGAGAUUUAAUAACGUUUCGACAUGGUUGUUCCUGCGGAACAUGCUCUUCACGAAGCGAUUCAAGUGUCGCCGUUGAUACUUUCUGACGAUGUUAGGCGUCAAAAAAUCGAGAAUUGCGUGGCGAAAAUGCGACUUUCCGCAGUGACUGCCAGGAAGAUACAAGAUGUUUUUAUUUCGGAAAUGAAUAAAGGAAUCCAUCAGCAACCGUCUUCAUUACAGAUGGAAAACACCUAUAUACCAGAGCUACUUAAUGGAACAGAAGAAGGUCUUUACUUGGCACUCGACCUUGGUGGUACUAACUUUCGCGUGCUUUUAUUGGAAUUGGCUCAUGGUGCUCCCAUACGACAAGAGGUGAAGCAAUAUUACAUCGGAUCCGAAUUAAGGGUUGGCUCGGCAAUCCCUCUGUUUGACUAUUUGGCCGAGUGUGUCAGUGAUUUCGUCAUUUCCCAGGGUCUUCAGAACGUGGAGCUUCCUCUCGGCUUUACCUUCUCGUUCCCGAUGAUUCAACACUCGCUGGAUGUCGGUGUUCUGGUUACAUGGACCAAGACUUUCAAUUGUCCCGAUGCUGUAAACAAGGAUGCCGUGAGGCUUCUACGGGAAGCUUUAGAUCGACGAGGCGAUACAAAGGUGAAGGUUUUGGCCGUAUUAAACGACACUACAGGUACGUUGGUUCAGGGAUCGACGUUGGAUCAUAACACGGCGAUCGGACUUGUUCUGGGAACUGGCAGCAAUGCCUGUUAUCUGGAACGCGCGGAUCGGGUCGAGCAUUGGGAGACGGAGAGACACGGCGAAAGCGAAGUUAUCAUUGAUAUCGAGUGGGGAGCUUUUGGCGAUAACGGCGUCUUGGACUUCAUAAAAACAGAUUUUGAUCGCGAGAACGACGCAAAUUCUCUUAUCGUAAAUUCAUUUACAUUUGAAAAAUACAUUGCUGGCAAAUAUCUCGGUGAGGUGGUGCGUGUGAUACUUGCGAAGUUGACCAAACAGAGGCUUUUGUUUGUAGGAGAUUCUACAUCCGACAGCCUCCUAACAACUGGUAAUCUUACUACCGAUUUGGUGUCGCACAUCGAGCAAGAUUCGUUAGAUGGUGGCGACAGUAACACAAAGGAAAUUCUCGAAAAAUUCGGCAUCAUUCCGGACGAGGAUGACAUCAGAAUAGUUCAAUAUGUGUGCGAGGUCGCCUCUAACCGCGCAGCUCUUUUAGUAUCGAUAUGUCUUGCGAGCUUGUUAGAUCGCAUCGAUAAAGAACAAGUAACAAUUGCCGUAGACGGGUCUCUCUAUAAGCAUCAUCCUCGAUUAGAAGGUUGGAUGAAGCAGUAUAUUUCGCUUCUUUGUACUCCAGGACGAAAGUUCAAAUUAAUCCAUGCGGAAGAUGGAAGUGGUAAAGGCGCCGCACUCGUCUCAGCUAUUGCGCAUAGACUCAAGAAGCGGUUACAAUAACCGGGAAUAAAUGAAUAACAUUCACCUGUCGUCGCCGUUAUCAUAGAGCGCAAUGUUAUGCGAGUUGGCAUAGAAAUGUUCUAUUAGCAGGUUCUAAUUUAAUUCUAAAUUCUUAUCUACUAUCCACGAAUAUAUUGUAUUAUUCGCAAUAUUCACCCUGAAAGCAGAAUUGUGAUGCAACGCGUUUCGAUUAAUUAUAAUUGUUUAAGCAUUGUGACAUUACGUUAGGAUAUAUUUGUAUUGUAUAUCAGUUUCGUGAUUAAACGAAAUAUUU